AUGUCAUACUAUUUCACAAUCAUCUCCCCCACGGACGUCCCGCUCUUCAACCUCACGUUCGGCACCUCCAAAGCUGGCGGCGAUGGCAUUGCACGCUUCCGAUUCCCAGAGUCAGCUCAGUAUAUGAAUCAAUUCAUCGUCCAUGCAAGCUUGGAUAUUGUCGAAGAGACGCAGUGGACGAAUGGAGCACUAUACCUCAAACACGUCGACACCUAUCCACCCACCGCAUCUUUCAUAUCUGCCUUCCUCACCCCUUCCGGCACACGCUUUAUCCUCUUACACCAACCACCUCACCUCACAUCCUCUGCCACCGGUAGUGGUGCCCUUGCUGGCAGUGGUAUAGCAUCGUCUACAUCCUCACUAGCCAGCACUCUAGGUGCAGCAACCGCUUCAAGAGCAUCGUCAAGCUCUAUUGCUGCCAACCCAACUUCGCCUCAGACAGAAGAAGCUAUAAGACAGUUUAUGACAGAGGUGUAUGAAAACUGGGUCAAGACUGUUAUGAGCCCGUUUUAUCGGCAGGGUAUGCAGAUCACCAGUCCAGUGUUUAGAACCAGAGUGGCUGCGGCGGGGAGAAAGUGGUUGUGA